CUGAGUUGGCUUAGUGGUAGUAUUAAUCCGACCGUCGCGCUGUGGAGAUUUAAUCCGGAUUUAGAUCGCGAUGGCCAUGCAAUGAAUCCAUCUCAUCCUAUCCAAAAAUUUACAAAAGUGCUAUUAAGAAAUGUUUUUACCAUAAAGAGGAAAGAAGACGAAAACUUGGAACAUUCCAUUUAAUCGCCUAUAACUCGAAAAUUAAAAUACGUAAGGAUAUAUGUACUGUGCUCGCGCGUCGUUCCUUACUUAUUUCUGUAUGAAGGUUUAUUCCCUGAAGUAUUGAAAUGUAUGAAUCAGCCUGUAUGAAAUAACGUUCUAAAUAAUUUUUUAUUUUAUGACCUGUAAAUCUUAUUUUAGGUGAUCAUGAUUAACAGAUAUUGGUAUCGCAAUAUAUUUUUUGUACUAUCCUGUUUCUUUCUUCAGGUUCCGAGUUGCAUUCAUGUAAAUGGUCAUGGACGUUUAAUGGACCCACCUGCACGGAAUAGUAUGUGGCGUUUUGGAUAUCCGAAUCCUGUAAAUUACAAUGACAAUGAACUCUUCUGUGGAGGUUAUGCAGUGCAAUGGGUGGAGAAUAAAGGCCAGUGUGGAGUGUGCGGUGAUGCUUAUCACUUGAAAGAGCCGAGACCACACGAAGCGGGUGGCGAAUACGCAAAGGGCACUAUAGUUAGACAUUACACGGUUGGUCAGGAUAUCGACGUCGAGAUCGAGCUUACAGCCAACCAUUUAGGAAGAUUUGAAAUGUAUCUUUGUCCAAAUAACAAUCCAAGGCACGUAGCAAACCAAGAAUGCUUUGAUAGAUAUCCGUUAUAUAUAUCCGGAACCCGAGACGUCCGAUUUGAGAUACCUCCAGACACUGAAAGAAAAGCUAUAUUUCGGUAUAAGGUAACUUUACCACCGUAUGUUACCUGUACGCAGUGCGUGAUACAAUGGAACUAUUACACUGGUAAUAUGUGGGGCACCUGUGAAAAUGGAACCGAAGCUAACGGAUGUGGAAGACCAGAGACGUUUCGAAAUUGCGCUGAUGUGAGCAUCGUUACUAGCACAGCCGGAGUACCGCCGCUCUUUGUACAACAGGACAAUCCCUUUUUGCUCUAUUACAAAGACUAUCGUUCUCCAAAUAACAUAUUUCCGCUUGUCGUUAGAUCUCAGGUAUGCAUGUCCACUCUCCUUUAUCGGCGUAUACCAGGAAUGAAUGACUGGUGUCAAACCAACUGUCUUCGCUAUCCGCCAAAUUGCCCAGCAGCUAUUUGCCAAUGCCCGGAAUUGUGUGAUGCGAUCGGAGAUAUUGCUGGCAAAGACGGUGCAAGCGUUUAUUGCAUGGACAAGUGUUUAGUAUACCCUUCCAAUUGCCCCUCUCAACGUUGUCGCUGUUAUUAAGCAAAUUUCAGUUACGCGCAAACAAUUUGGUGCAUAAGGAAUUGUAUCGUGAAGCUUUAGCUCAUAUUCGACGAUUAACGAUUAACAAAAUGGUUGUAAUUCGAUAAUGUUUAUCAAUUUUGGAAAAAGAAAUAACUAGAACACCGUUAUGUCCAUAUUUGACGUUUAUUGUCAAAUGAGAAACUUGACUAGAUAAUUGUAAAUGAUGACGCAGAAAUGAUAUCUAUGUUGUAAUUUUAUCGACUUUGAGAAUGCUUUUACAUUUGAUUAUAUAUAGAAAAUAUGACUGAUAUCUAUCGAAAAACUGCCACACCGUCCACGGAAGCUAUUUCAUUUACUUUGUAACGAUCUAGUGUUAAUGCUUGAUAAUUCUAAUAAUCUCUUGAUAAUCUUUCCCACUUGUGUUUUACGCGACGAAUAAAUAUUUACAUAAUUUACAUGGUCCUGUUAUAUAAUAUUAUUGAAAAUAUACAUAAUAUUUAUUAGAAUAAGGAAUAAAAAAGAAAAAUUACUUGCUCCAUUACAAUAUUGUGCGUUAUCAUUAUCAUUAGUAUUGUUAGUUUCAUUUGUAUUUUUAUUAUUAUUCGUUUAUCUAGUAUUAAGUAAUUACACUCGUUAUGUAUGAAAUUACAAAUAUAUGACAUAUCCUAUAGGCAUGAUUGAAAAAACUUGUACGACUACUUUUAAGAUUAAUCUUUAUUUCGAAGAAGAGAUGAAAAGCUUGGAAACUUGUCACUACCCUCGAUUGUUCUCGAUAAAAAAGAUAAAAGAGGAGAUGUUAGGAAUAUUCAAGAGAACACAGACUUUAAUCUCACUAUAGUAUAUUUAGUAUUAGGACAUUCUAUUGACAGCUUAAAAUAUUACGCAUGUAUCACAUAUUAUAUAUGUAACGAAUAACAUCCUCUUUGCUUUUAUGUAUACGUGUGCAUAUGCGUGUAUACAUAUACGCAUACAUAUCUUCGUACGCGUAAAUGCAGUUACAUUUAACGAAACGAUCAUUUAUUUAAUUACAUGUCGCAAAUGUUCUCAAUGCAACACCUCCCUUCACGCGCAUUAUACGUAUAUUUGCGCGCUUGUGUACACAUCGCAUUGUGUCAACUGAAUUUCGAUUUUACAGUGAAAACUUGUAAUUCAUAUCGGCCUCGAUUAAUAUCAACAAUAUAUUUCGUCGAUUCAACACUGUACGUCUUUUUCCAGGUCUAUACAUUAUUAAUACUUUACAAAACUACAUAUAUACACUAAAGCCUUUUAUAUUCUCUAUAAUACGUCUUCAAGUGUCUAAAUAUGUAGUAACAUGUUUGAUCUGUUUCAUUCUUUUGCAUGUACUUUAAUAUAUAUGUAAUUGGAUUAGUAAUCGGAUAGUUAAUCAGUGAACAAUAGUGUGUUCAACGUAUUAAUAUAACUUUAAAACAAGUUGUGAUAGACGCACCGCAAGUCGCUAACACAACUUAUUUAAUAUAAGGGUCGUCAUACUUCGUUUUCCAUCGUUUACAUAUACAUUCUAAUAUCGUUUAAGCAACUAUCUAACGUCCACGAUUGACUUAGAAUGCAAUGAAACCCGUACUCGGAUUCUAUUCUCGAGAAACCAUUCUUCAUUCUAUUCUGCGUUAAUAUCCACAAUUUUUAUUAUUUCUCAAUUGUAGAAACUUUCGAAACCAAUACGUAUAUACACAGUUUCAUGCUGACAUCUAUUCGAUCGAUCCUUCCUUUACCUCUUGUUACUUCUAUUUUCAUUUUUCAUCACGAAUCCUUCUAAUUAUUAAGAUCAGUAUAGACAACACACUGUCCGUGAAAGGUUAUUUUUAAUCUUUCUUUGUCUAUACGCGAUGUACGUGUAAUUCAUUAUCAAGUACCACGACACGAAAACAAUCCUUAAAAUACAAAAACAUAUUGGAACGCGUUUCGAAUGCAAUCUUAUUCGAUCUCUUAAAAUUUCUCAAAGUUUCAUCCAUGUUUUGCGUUUCAUCGUUAAUAUUUCCAACUAAAAUUUCCUUUAAAUUAUUGUUAUAAAAAAAACGUGUAUUCUAUCCAAUUAAAACGAUCUUUUCCUUCGUAUCAAUGAUAAAAGAACAGCAUAUCGUUGAAUAAAUGUUAUCAGUGCGAUGAGAACGUCCCUACGCUAGUUUUUCAAUUCUAGUAACAAUAUAGUUUACUAGAUACACAUGUUUAGCACACUUGUUAAAAUGACGUGAAGAUGGAUCGAUCUAAUACAAAAUACAGAUGAAACAUCUCGGGACAUAUCAAGGAUCGCUGAAAUCUUGAAUCGAUCACCCCUUUUUUCACCUAUAUCGCUUAAUUAUCUUCUUCGUCCUUGUCGAUGUAUUCUUUUAUUAUUACUUUGCUUUAUUCUUUUUAUCAAAACGAUGAGACACAAUACUAGUUAUUCUAAAACUUAAUUAGUCUUAGAAUUCGCAACAUGCAUUUUCGAAGGAGGGGUGAGUUUCAGGUACAUUUUCAGUCUUUUCCUGGUAAACAUGGCUCAUUCUCAUCUAGUUGUCUAUCAGAUAUUAGAUAAUUGAGAGAGAAAUCGUCGCAAACUCUUAAACUUGGUAAUUUUUAUUUUACGGCUUUUACUUCCAAAUAUAUGUAUAUAUAUAUAGUUCCAAUAAUCGAUAAUUGAUAAUCGAAUCGAAUCGAAUCGAAUAAAUCUCUAUUUUCCGGUGAACGCCAAUUUCAUUUUCUUAAAUAACUCAUAAAAAAUAUUUACUGUUUGGGUCAGGUCUAGAUCAUGUCUGAGUCAGGCUUACCCGUAAAUUACGCUAUACUUUAAGUUAUAUUUGUACUAUUGGCGAAUCUAAAACUGGGGAAGAAACAAAAACCGACGAAACAAACAUGUGAUUGUUUCGCUUUGCACGUGAUUAAGAAAAUCGAAUUGUAAGUGAAUUUAAAUCGACUGGAGAUCAAGAUAAUUCCUUCGCUAGAGAUCCUAAUAGGAGAAAUCGCCAUUGUUUCGGCACGAUCGCUGUAUGUGUGCUGCAUGUGUGCUGUAUGUGAGAAUUGAAAAUAAGAGUACGAAAGUAAGAAUGAUUCCAAACUAAUGACACAUACACGAUGCAGGUGGCAACAUCCUUAACGUUCCAACAUGUUCGAUAAACGGCUUCUUCCUUUAACGCCUCUCACGAGGGCAUCGUUUUAUUUAACACUACGUGUUAAAUAAAAUACAACGAGCAACAUAAUCUACGCGGUAUGACCAAU